GCCUUUGGGAAGCCCUUUGCGCACAAUCGCGAGUGACUGGCAUCUUCAGCAGAGGAGACGCGAUGGCUUUGGCAGACCCCGAGUGUGGAAUAUCAAACGGCGCUGAUUCCGCGUCUCCGUUUUCCGUCAUUAUCGAACUUAACGUGGGAGGACAGGUGUAUGUAACGCGGCACACCACUUUAAUAGCCGUACCGGACUCUCUGCUGUGGAACAUGUUCAGUAAGAAAACACCGGCUGAGCUGGCGCGGGACAGCAAAGGUCGUUUUUUUCUGGACCGGGACGGCUUUCUUUUCCGCUACAUUUUAGACUACCUACGGGAUCUAAACCUGGUUCUGCCGGACUAUUUUCCAGAGAAAAGUAGAUUACAGAGAGAGGCUGAGUUCUUUCAGCUGCGGGACCUUAGCAAGCUCUUGAGUCCCAAAAUGAGUAAAGACAACUCCAUCACUGACGAGAUCUGCCAGAGUGACUCGGAGGAGCCGAGCGCGAGCGCGACUCCGGUGGUCGGACCCGAGACUUCUCGCACUCUGUCCGUCGCCAGCAGCGCACAUUCUCCCUCCCUGGAGUCCAGAAAGUCUGGGUACAUCACGGUUGGUUACCGAGGCUCGUACACAAUGGGAAGAGACAUACAGACAGACGCCAAAUUCAGGCGGGUCGCGCGGAUCACGGUUUGCGGGAAGACUUCUUUGGCAAAGGAGGUGUUUGGAGACACAUUGAACGAAAGCAGAGACCCGGACCGGCCCCCAGAGAGGUACACCUCGCGCUAUUAUCUGAAAUAUAAUUUCCUCGAACAGGCGUUUGACAAACUGUCAGAGUUUGGCUUCCAGAUGGUCGCGUGCAGCUCCACGGGCACGUGCGCGUACUCCAGCAGCGACCCAAACGAGGACAAAGUCUGGACAAGCUACACAGAGUAUGUUUUCUGUCGAGAAUGAGCCAAAAGCGCUUUAUUUAAGAGAGAGAGCGUGUGUACAUAGGCGUCCUACUACGAGAGUGAAAUUUUAUCCGGUUAGGAGAUGUGUAUUGGAGUUUUCCUUCAUUCACACAAAGCAAAUAUCUAGUUGUUUCCAUAGAAUUUUUAAUGGCUGACUAUAGGUAUUGUUAGAAAUAACAAACGCAGAAUAACUUACUAUCUCAGCACUUCCAUUCAGAAAUUCAUAAUUUCAUUUUGUUUGCAGAUAAAGAUUUUUGUAAGUCAGAUUCAAGGGCCUAUUUGUAAAAAGAUUCCCAGAUGUGUUUUGUACUCGUUAUUCUUUAUGCAUGCAUCAACAAAUGCUUCAUCCGAACACUGCAUAGAGAGCAGAUUUGUAAGAUUUUGAUGAAUGCUCUUAAUGAUAUUUUUGUUACUGGGUGAAUGAUUUAAAAGAUGAUUCCACUUUAAGGAAAAUCCAUUUACUGAAUCAUUAAGCAACCAUCUGGAAAGAGUUUGACAUUCAUCACUGCUAGAUCUCAAUGAGGCUUUCCCCUUAAAUUCUGGUUCAUCUUUUCAAAUAGCUUAAACAACAAAAAAUAGAACUGCUGCCUUAAUUUUUUGUUGUAAAAUAUAGUGGUGCCAAAGUUACCUGCAGUAAUUCUUUGCACUUUUAGACUAAUUUGCAUUUCAACGUUACAGAUUAAGAAAUUUGAGUUGAAUAUCUUAAUCGUGGAGUGGAUGGAAACAAUGACAUUACAACUUUAUUCUUUGGCAAGGCUUAAAAGCGCUUAAACCAUUUUGUAUUUUGCACACAUUUUGCUUGGAUGAAAAGUGGGAAUUAUUUGGUUUACCUUUUCUUCUCUAUAUUGCAACAAAGUGCUCCCUUUUACUCCAGCAUUGUAAAGUGUCUCUGUUGUCUGUUCUAAGAGUUGAUCAUUCAAUAAAUUAUAAUCUGUCAUAA